AUGGCGUUACUAAAAUUAUGCGGUAUUGAAGCUAUUAAACCAUUAGUUGAUUGGUUAAAACAAGAAAUUCCUGAAGGAAAUGUACAAUUUUCAUAUGAUCAACAAUACGUUUAUAAGAAAGAUGGAACUCGUAUUCAAAUUCCUAUGGAAUUGGUGGGUUAUUGUGGGGAAUGUGGUAAAAAUAUGAUUAAGGAAUAUAAAAGUUGGAUGGAUAAAUUUGCAGUACCGGAUGUGAUUUUAAAUAAAGUCUUUGGUAAUAAUUUGGAAGCACUAAAAGGUUACUUUUCUUGCCCAUUAAUACUUUAAUUUCAUUAUUUUAUUCAUAUGUAAGGUACAAUGUAUUAUAAUAAGAAUAACGAAUAUUUUAUAGGAUUAAUGAAUUAUACAUAAUAUAUGUAUAAAAUUUCUAUAUAAUUUGUUAAAAAGUUUAUUGUAAUUUAAAGAUUAAAUUUUUUAUUUCUUUCAUAACAAUUUGAGUGUAUAAUAAAAUAGAUUGUAUUUUGGUUAACAAUGUUUGAGCGUUCGACUAAAAAAAACAGAAUAAAUAAUAUCACAUGAUUUAAUUGUU